AACGCGUUGUACCCUUGCUCAAUUGAUGCCGAUCAACAACACGCAACCACUGUCAAGGCGAUACCAUUUCCAUUGCAAUGGGGCGACAGGAAAGGAUCGCGAGGUCGAUUGUGCAGGCGAUUACUCGCGCCAACGAGAUUAAGAAACGAGGCAGCAGUGUCCUUGGGCUGCUGUUAUCACUGUUCUCAGCAUUCUUCUCACUCUACCAACUUGUCCUCAAUAAAGUGCGGCCGGCAGACUUUAGCAAUCUCCGUCGAAAUCACUGGAGUGUAAGCGAUGAUGAUUACAUCGAGUCAUUCCAACCUGGCGAGGAAGGGAAAAAGGAGGAAAGCCUGAAAGCCAUCGGAGACAUGGGCUUCUCCGGCUCAACCUUUUACUCCACCGCCGAUCAGAAGUAUCUGGUCAAGUCUGUUCCUCGGCACUCCGAGCAUUCCUUUUUCCGCGAUGACCUCUUAACCCCCUACGUUGAGUACAUGGCUGUCCAUCCAAGGUCUUUGCUGGUUCGGAUCUGCGACUUCCUCGCCGUAUCGGGGGCUUCGCUCGGGCGACUUCUCAGAUCUGCGCCUUCUCACCAUAUCGUCAUGGACAAUAUCAUGUAUGGGCGGGAAGAGGCCAAGAAGCGAGGGGAAGCCGAAUGGGAAAACUGGGACUUGAAGCCCCUGUCCUAUUUCUACCCGGAGAGGGACAUCGCCGACGGGGCACUUACGAGCGAUGCGACAAAAGAACAGCUUGCCGAUGAGUUCCAUGACAAGAUUAUCCUCAGCCGCGAACAGGCCGAUGACUUCUUCUCAGCUCUCGAAGCUGACACCAAAUUCUUAGCGGAGCACAAUGCUGUUGAUUAUUCUCUCUUUCUGGUGAGGAUGACGACGCCGCAGCAGGCAGAUGUCUCGGCCGCCGCGACCGCAGAAUCACCCAUGGUUCCGACAGACCCUCCAUCGGUCCCUCCGUCCCCGCCGACGUGGAGAACUGGUGUUCCCUCGGCCGAUGGCAAGCACAUCUUCCGCGCUUCGAUUCUGGACUUCUUUUGGGCCAAGCACAAGAUCCAACCGAAACUCAUGACGCUGCUGAUCAAGCUUUGGAAUCUGCUCAUUAGCAACAAGGGUCCAAUGAGCAUCACAACCACACCUGACGAGUACCGGGAAAGGUUUAUGAAGAUGUGUAGGGAUAUUGUCGAAAUCAGGGACGAGGAGGCUCGUUGAUUUGUACAUUUCACGCAGAUGGGAUAGCUCCUUCUAAUUUGAGAAAUGGUGUUGUACGAAUACCAGCAUUCGGCCGAGUCUUCAA